AUGAACGACUUUGAUGAGUGCGGCCCGAGCGCAGCCAGCAUGUACCUGCCCGGCUGCGCCUACUAUGUGGCCCCGUCGGACUUCGCCAGCAAGCCGUCCUUCCUGUCGCAACCGUCGUCCUGCCAGAUGACUUUCCCCUACUCUUCCAACCUGGCGCCGCACGUCCAGCCUGUGCGCGAAGUGGCCUUCCGUGACUACGGCCUGGAGCGCUACGCUCCCUACUACGCGGCAGCCGCGGCGGCGGCGGCGGCGGCGGCGGCGGCCGAGGAGGCGGCCAUGCAGCGCGAGCUGCUCCCUCCCGCGGGCCGCCGGCCGGACGUGCUCUUCAAGGCGCCGGAGCCGGUGUGCGCAGCGCCCGGGCCGCCACACGGCCCCGCGGGCGCCGCCUCCAACUUCUACAGCGCGGUGGGCCGAAACGGCAUCCUGCCGCAGGGUUUCGAUCAGUUCUACGAGGCUGCGCCCGGGCCCCCGUUCGCCGGGCCGCAGCCCCCUCCACCUCCUGCGCCGCCGCAGCCCGAGGGCGCCGCAGACAAGGGCGACCCCAAGACGGGGGCCGGUGGCGGCGGGGGAAGUCCUUGCGCCAAGGCGACCCCCGGCUCGGAGCCCAAGGGGGCGGCAGAAGGCGGCGGCGGCGAUGGCGAGGGGCCCCCGGGGGAGGCGGGGGCUGAGAAGAGUGGCGGCACAGUGGCCCCCCAGCGGUCCCGGAAAAAGCGCUGUCCCUACACCAAGUACCAGAUCCGCGAACUGGAACGGGAGUUUUUCUUUAACGUGUAUAUAAACAAAGAGAAAAGACUCCAACUCUCUCGGAUGCUCAACCUCACUGACCGGCAAGUCAAAAUCUGGUUCCAGAAUCGCAGAAUGAAAGAAAAGAAACUGAACAGAGACCGUCUGCAGUAUUUCACUGGAAACCCCUUAUUUUGAGAGCUCCAGGAAGCACCCCUCUUCCCGAGCCCCACUCGCCCACCCACUUCCCCACCAGCUUGCCCUGGGCAGGCCCAAUGUUCUUGGGUUUAAUGACGCCUCUUCUCUGUGGAACUCCACGAUUCCUUCCCAUGGUCAACUCGGGACCUCCCAGCGACCACUGCUGCCUGCGGACGAGGCCGGGGACUUGGCCGAAUGGAUCCUAAUAAGGGGAAAAUGGUAAAUGCAAACGUCCCUUUACAAUUUUACCGCCAAUGUGCUGUUGUUCUCCUUCCCUCUCUCCGAGUCCCCGUGGGGACGCUGUGGGAUCUGUAGAGAGUUAGGCCGCUGGGCUGGAAGGCGCUUGUUUUUGUUCUGAGUUUAAGGGACCUGACCAUCCCCCUUGGUGAAUGCAGAUUAUUUAAACUCUGGGAAAUGUAUCUUCGGUCUGUUGGUCUGUCGUAUCAAGGCAUAAGUCACUGUGUUUUGUGUGAAUAAAUGGUUUCUGGUAAAAUGGAGGUUACAGCUUCAACACAAUAUAUGAUUUUUUCCUCUUGAAAGAAGUUUAGUGUCUGAUUAGGGGAUUUUAGUGGCCAGAACCUUCUCCCAUAUGCAACUGAAAAUCAAGUAAAAUGCUUUUUA